GUGCCCGAUGCCAUCGCGAUAAAUCCACGGGUCAUCGGUAAAGGCCACUCCGUUUGGGCGCGGGAAAAGUAGAAAUUCUAGAUGUACCUAGGCAAUAAACCCUCUGAAAAAAACAACUAUCAAUGUAGUGCAGGAUAGGUACUAAAUUUCCCCCAACCAGUGGUUUUGCUUGUAAAAAGUUAUGCAAAAAAAGUUCUAAAAAUUAUUAUUAUUUAGUAAGGAUUUUGCGCUGUUGAAAGAUAUGAAAACAUUCUUUUACUUUGGUUUUUCACCUUUUUUUGUGCGUUGCCUUUGUUUUCACUCUUACAUGCGGGCGUUUUGCAACACUGCAACAGCGAACACUUGACAACACUGGCGACAGCAACGCUAAUAUCGCAAAAAAAUAAUUUUGUGAAGAAAAAUCGUUUUUUGCGUACUAAAUACCUAAAGAAAAAGAUUGAAAAUGCCCAAGGGUCGCGUUAGCAAUGUGUGGCAGCACUACGAUAUUAACGAGGAGUGCGAAAACUUUGCGAUAUGCCGUUACUGCGGCAACAAUAUAUCGCGUGGUGGCAUGGCAAGCAAUUUGAAGGGCAACAAUACGACCAAUUUGUGGACGCAUCUGCGGCACAAGCACAGGGACGAGGUCCUGGUCAGUCCAGUGCAGCAGCGUCCCCAGGCCCGCAUGAUCCCGAUCAUCAAGAAAGACAAAACUGUGCGGAUUACCAAGGCCAAGACGCUGAGGGAGCCGCUGCGUGUGGCCAAGCCGAAGAUUGAGUCGAACGUUGCCAAUUAUCUGGGCGAGGCGGGUGCACUGCCUCAAAAGUGGGAGGAGUACGAGCAGAACGAUGAGAUCAGCGAGGACAUCAAGGACAUCAUAUACAGUGAGGAUCCACUGUGCUACAGCCCCAUACACGUGAUGGAGGACGAUGGGCUGGAUCAGCCCGAAAAGCAGGUGACCGUGCUUACUCAUUCGACUUCAUCCGUCGGUGGAAGCAGCAGGCCCAGCGCUGUGGGUUCGGGGGCACAGGCCACUGUGGUGGCCUCCACGUCCUCCAGCAACAGCUCGGCCAAGCAGCUGAAGAACAACCUGGAGACGUCCAUCGAUCGGUUGACCACCGUCAGCGAACAGCUCAGCUACAUCAUUCAGCAGAAUCAAGAGGAGCUCAACAAGGACGACGACUACUAUUUUGCUCUUAGCUUGGUGCCUGUUAUGCGCCAUCUUUCGCUCAGUCGAAAGAUGUACGUGCGGUCCAAGAUCCAGGAGAUACUAUUCAAGGAGAGUGAGGACUCGGCGCCCGCCAAGGAUGAGUAGGCGCUCCAUUAUAUACGCUUACCCAGAGGAAUAAGAAAAAGAGGAAC